AAAACAGGUUGCACAGCAUAGACGGGUACAGUCUCCUCUAAACAUCUGGUCGCUUGUUUUGCUAUCUUGUCGCUCAGAUUAUCAAAUUUUCCUUCGCUGAGAGCCACAACGUCGCGGGCGUGAUGAGGUCUCUAUGGGCGUGUGUGCUUGCGGCCAUUGUGCUGUUCGCCGCUGGGUCGGACCAGAGGGAAGCGGUGGCCGCGGAACGUGAGGAGAGCAAGGCAGUCGCCAUUUCUGAGGAAGAGAUUAGAACGGCGAACGGAAAAGGGACGCCUGAAGCACCAUUUCAACUGAAACCCGUCGACUGCGCGGAUCACCUGCUGAUGGGGAGCACGGCCAGCGGGGUCUACGAGAUCUACCCCUUUUCUAUUUUGCCAACUUGUGCCAGGUGCUCAUGCAGCGAGCCCGUGAGGGUGUGGUGCGACAUGGAGACCGACGGCGGCGGCUGGACCGUCUUCAUGGCCAGGCAGAGGCAGACGCCGCAGGUGAACUUCAACCGGUCCUGGACGGAGUACAGGGCGGGCUUUGGCGACGCUACAGGAGAGUUCUGGCUUGGAAACGAACUGCUGCACAGGAUUACCUCGAACAGGAAGUAUUCGCUCCGCGUGGACUUCACCCUCGAGAGCCAGGGCCAGCAGUUUGCCGAGUGGGAGGAAUUCAGGCUUGACGAUGAGAGGAACAAGUACAAGAUUAACCUAAAGGAUCAUUUGCCAUGGAGUACGGCAAACACUAACUGUCUUACUUACAUGAAUAAUCGGUAUUUUACUACAUACGACCGUGACUACGAUUAUCACGUUGGAAACUGUGCUGCCACAAUCGGCGGUGGCUGGUGGGUCAACAACUGUCGCUAUAUGCACUUAACUGGCGUCUACGAACAAGGCCUGAACACCAGCUGUACCAGCACCCGAGUUCGAGUCUCCCGCGCGCAGAUGAAGAUCCGACCCGCCAUCUGCACCGAAGCCCUGAGGAGGAUUUCGGUCGACAGUCGCCAGUGCGGGACGUGUGCUUAGGCGCCGAUUUGUUUUGAUCGAUCAGCUGAUUGAUUUUCCUUCAGUGGCUUCUUUUUAUUUUUUGUGAGAUGUAUCGACAAGCUUCUAUAUUUUUUUUAGCAAAAUUGGGAGCUUCUCUGGCCCUGAUGGAUUUUCUUUGCCGAAGACUUAUCCUAUGUGGAUUAUUAUUGUUUAUCUAUUUGUUAUUAUUAUUCUUAUCAUUAUCUUUUUUCCUGUACCGACAAGCUCCGAAUUUUUUUUUGGCGAAAUGUGUCCUACAUGGAUCUACAUUAGUGUAAAGACUUGGCUGUAACUAAGCUGUAAUUUCCACCUGCUGAAGAGACUAAUCUUCGACAUGAUAUGAAUUAAGCUCGUCUUCAAAAUCAUGCUUGCGGUGUUAUAGACGGAAUAUGAUUCUUUUUUCUUUGGUUUUUAGUUCAUGUUCAAAAUUAUACUUCCCAGAACGAGCGAUAAAAUUGGCAAAAUGA